GGAUGAGGGGUUUAAGGAGGUGUUGGGGGAGGUAUUGGGGGGUGAGGAGGUGGUAGGGAAGAGAGAGGCAAAGGUGUUGUCGUCUCAAGGACAGAUGGAGGUGUUGCAGAGUACGAAUGAUGGCACGUGGGUGGUUGCUAAUAUCUCGGCCCCUGAGGCUGGACCUGGGGCUGCGGAGCAGAUGGAGGCGAUCAAGGAGAAGAUUGAGGCGAUACUGGCUUCUACUGGGCGUGAAGAGGGGAGUGCGUCUCGGAUUACGGCUGAUAUCGUUUUCACGACGGUGCUGCUGCACUCCAUGGCGGACUUUUCCUUGAUGAAUGGCAUCUACGUCUCCCUAUUCAAGAAGCCUAAUCCUCCGGCGAGAGCUACGGUGGCUUGCGGUGAUAGUCUGCCAGAGGGUGUGAAGGUCAUGGUAUCGGCGGUCGUGGAUUUGGGUCCUAGAGAGCAAAGGCAGGGUCUUCAUGUCCAGUCGCGUUCUUACUGGGCGCCGGCUAAUAUUGGCCCUUACUCGCAAGCCAUGUCGGUUCCGGUACAGGGUUCGGAGUACAUGGUUUACAUUGCCGGACAGAUUCCGCUGGAGCCGGCUUCGAUGGAGAUGAUGAGUGCUUCUGGGAAAGCACUGACGCGGCCGUGGAUUGAGAACUAUGCCACGCGCGCGGUGCUUUCCUUGCAGCAUCUUUGGAGGAUUGGGCAUGCUAUGGAGGUUGACUGGUGGCUGGGCGCUGUUGCUUUCUUGGUGGGAGAAGAGCACAUCGAGACACAGGCCCGACUAGCAUGGAACAUUUGGGAGCGGAUGCAUGCUCGUCAUGAAGAAGAAGACGACGAAGACGGAGAAUCAGGCCUGGAUGUCUGGGAUAUCAAGUAUGGAGGCCGUGCGCACGAGCAAGCCACGAGUCGAUCGACGCCUAAUUUGCCUAACUUUGGGGUGGUCCAGUCAGACGCUUUGGUUCCUGCGUUUUUCGCAGUCCAAAUCUCAGAGCUUCCCCGAGGAAGUGAUAUCGAAUGGCAGGGUCUGGGGUACAGGUGUGGUGGAUUGCGGAUGGCUGCAGAAGAUACGGAGUAUGGCCGCAAGACCACUGUGUCCACAGAGCAGAACCUCCGUUACAUCGGCAUUGAGAUCGACAUGGAACAGUCGGGAUCUGAUUUGGACUCGUAUCUGCAGCUUGUCCUGCAGAAGCUGCCUGAGGUGGCAGAAGGUUCUCACGCGAUCAUCUAUACCAGUCAGCCAUUGUCCAAGCCUGCGUUCCCUGCCCAGAUUGUUCCCUGCAAAUCUGUCUGGGGACCGAAAGGACGAGAGUUGGCAGCAGGUGUCAUUAUACAAAGACACACCCCGGCAUCAUAGGCCUGCUGCUUGCUGUAAGGCUGCCGGGCCAUGCAGGGAUCCAUUGCGCACGGCUAUCAAGUAUGCAUCAUGGAUCAUUCGACGUCUUAGAGUGGAGGCACCGAUACAAAAGUACAUAUCUCCUGACUCGUAGUGGAAUUAGGAACAACAAUUGUAGUGAAUAACCUUUUGUAAGAUUCAGGAGUGACGAUGGGUUCACUUGAUGGGCUGAU